AUGCUGAUCCUAACUAUAUUGGCUGCGUCUUUGCUGAGAUGUUUCUCCCAACCAGAUUCUGCCGGAACCAAGUUCAUCUUCGGUUACAUUCGAGAUGCUGAUCGAGUUAUUUCCAACCAGUUGCUAUCAGUUACAGUGCUAAACGCAAACUCAUUCGAUUGCCUUGUUUCCAUACAGUAUAGAGAAGACUAUGACGAGACUAAGAAUCCGUUGGUCACAAAAAAUUUCAAUGUACCGGCGGCCAAUAUGAUUGAGAUUCCUAUACCAUCCUGGUAUGGUUGGCUGUACGACUCUGGAGGUAUGCAAAAUGACAAGGGUCCUUGGCAACUGAUCUCUGCCAAUUCUUCA